AUGCUGGACCCCUCGGCAUUCCUCUUGAGACUGAAGAAUGAUUUCGGGUCUGAGAAGCCUCUGUUGGUCAAAGCGGGCCCCCUACGAUUCUAUGUCUUCGCCGACUCUGAGCAAGUUAAGACGGUGUUUAGAAACUCGAAACGGAUGACGAACAAAUCCUCAACGCUCUUCGCGCUGCACUAUCUGCUCGGUCUUCCUAGAAGCGCCGUUAACUUUUACCAGGCCGACGACUCUGGCAUGAGUUUAACCCCUCGACCAGGAAGCAAAACGCGCCCCGAAAAUAGGAUCAAUUUCUUGAUCGCCCAUAAUGCGAAGGUCUACAUGUCGUCCAGUCACCUCCAGACUCUUGAUGAGCUGUAUGUGGCUAUACUGCUUCGCCGUCUUGAUGCUUUGGACGUCGGGGACGAAUGGGUUGCAUUUCCCGACCUCCACGUAUUCCUCCAGCGCAUCGCUAUGCACUCCUCCAUCGAGGCGCUGGCCGGCUCCAAGGUCCUCGAACUCUGCCCUCAGCUCGUCGAGGACAUUCUAGUUUUCCAGUCGUAUGUUCCCGAUUUUCUUCACCUCCGCCCGCGUUGGUUGGUCCCCGAAGCGUACCGAGUGCGGAAGCGGAUCCUCGACGGCUUCAAAAAGUGGGAGGAGCACGCCCUUAAGCAUUCAGAUUGCUCCCAAGUCGGCCCCGAGGAUGCAGAAUGGGAACCCUACUGGGGUACCAAACUCGUUAGGGUGAGGCAACAGUAUACGCGCAACGCGAAGGGAAUGAACGCCGAUGCUCGAGCUACGGAAAACCUGGGUUUUAUAUUCACGUCAACUACAAACAUUACCACUUCCAUUUUCUGGUUCAUACUGGAAGCACUGAAGGACCCGCGACUUUUCGAACAGCUCACGGGCGAAGUCGCUCAGUGUCGCGCUGGUGACGGAAAUAGGUUCAACCUGAGCAAAUUAGUCACGCAACCCUUGCUCCAGUCAACAUAUGCCGAGGUCCUGCGUCUCUACGUCGCAACCGCGAUCAGCCGCGUUGCCGAGUACGAAGACAUCCACGUCGCAGGCUACGCGAUCCCUAAGGACAGCAUGAUAAUCAUGUAUAGCCGGACGAUGGCCCUCGACUCUGAGGCAUGGAUCCGAGCCGGCAGGCGCUUGAGAAAACCGCUCGAGGAAUUCGACGCCGAGCGAUUUCUCGUCAGUCCUGACUGGAUGCGGCCUAGAGCGAACGGCACAUCCGGCGAGAAAGAGACAACACCGGAAACGGGAAAGACAGCCUCGUCGUCUGAGCGCCGGUUCUCGACAGAGGGCCUGCUCGGGCUGUGGAUCCCGUACGGAGGGGGGGACCACAUUUGCCCCGGGCGCCAAUUUGCGAAACAUCAAAUGCUGCUCACUUUCGCGAUGUUGUUUGAUAAGUUCGAGAUCGAGUUAGCUCUUCCCGACCCAGGCAGGGUGCAACCGAAUAUGCGAUACGCGCCAUUUGGCGCUCUUCCUCCGGCCCAUGACACCCCCUUUCGGAUCAGAAAGCGGCGGGUCAGUGAGAGAAACGCCAAGACAAAGAAAAGGGGGUGA